AUGGAUAAGCAAAGAAAAAAUGAUUUCUUCACUUUUGCUGACGAUGAAGGAAAUGAUGAACAACGACAACGACUUCAAUCAAUUUCUCGAAACACUUUACUUGUUAUGGACAAAAAUGGAAACCCAAUGCGUUUCGAUGAGGCAACUGGGUCACACUUGUUAAGCACAAUUCCCGAAGUUUCCGAAAUAACAAAUGCGACCACUCCCGAUUUCCCGUUAACACCGCAAGUGCCAAGAGCAGCGCUGAAGAAAUUGUUGCGCAGGACGAACACGGCAACGAGGGAUUUCGAG